AUAGUACAGUGAUAAAGCAUAUUAGCAUAAGUCAAUUUCAUAAACGUAAUCUACCGUCGCGCGUUUGCAAUAAUAAUCAUAAUAAGCCUAAUAAUAAUUAAUAUUAUAAUAACAUAAAUACCUACGUAAUAAUAUUAAUAAUAAUUUUAGUAGUGACUAAAUGAUUCGCAACCCGCGCACUAAUCUUUAACUGGAUUCAACAACGAGUCAGUCCGUUAGCUAUAAUUAUCGUCGCAUUGAAUAAAAGUGAUUUCCCGUUUUCACGACGUACCUAAACAAAAAAGGCGUAAGAACCGCUACCGCUCAACAUUAUUGUUCAAUUGUUCUCAGAACGUAUACACUCAUUGUGCACUCGAACUUUUACCCGUGAGUCCACGAUGACGACAGAUCACGAAGAUUCUGAUGGCAAUUCAUCCGAUUCCAGUUAUUCAAAAGUGGACUUUUACGAGGUUAUGAAUGAAGUACCUGAGAACUAUAAAAGCAAAGUAGAUGAACUGAACAAAAUAUUACUAAGUAAAAAUCCAGAUAUAAAUCGUCUAAGAGAUUUAGCUAUUAGUGAUGGAGGUUUGGUGAUAAGUUUAGUACGUCUAGAAGCAUGGAAACUGUUAUUAAACUUACCGAGCAAUGAUGAAAAAUUAUAUCCAUUGGAAAUUAUAAAAGAUCAUCCUGAAUACCAUCAAGUUGAUAUGGAUGUAAGAAGAUGCUUAAAAAGAUUUCCGCCUGGUAUAUCAUAUGAGAAAAUUGGUAUAUUGCAAAAAGAAUUGAUAGCAAUUAUACUAAGUGUAAUUAAAGAAUAUCCAGAUCUUAAAUACUAUCAAGGUUAUCAUGAUGUUGCCGUUACUUUUCUAAUAGAAGUUGGGCAAAAAGAAGCAUAUAGUAUAAUGAAGCAUCUAUCAUUACAUCAUCUUAAAGAAUUUCUAAAGCCAACUAUGGAGGAAACGUCAUAUCUAUUGUUACAUGUUUUUCCGUUGAUUAAAAAGCUUGAUCCAGAAUUAGAAGAAUUUAUUGAAAAGUCUGGUAUUGGUACAAUAUUUGCUCUUCCUUGGUUGAUAUCAUGGUUUAGUCAUAGUUUAGACCUACACUCAAAAGUAGUAAGAUUAUUUGAUUUCUUUCUAGCAUCACCAAAAGAAAUCAUCUUAUAUGUUAUAGCCCAGUUAAUAAUUGCCAGACGUGAUGAAGUCUUAAGUACUGAGUGUGACAUGGCUUGUGUUCAUAUGGUCUUAUCAAAGAUUCCAGAAAGCCUAAAUUUUGAAAUAAUAUUGGAUAAAGCUACAAAAAUGUACAAAGAAUAUGAUCUUUCAAACGUUAAACAUGAAGUAGACGAAAGAGUAAUAUUAGAAGCUAAGUUAUUAAAUGAUCAGCGAGAAGAAAAUGCAAAGCGAAAAAAGAACAAAACAUUUUCAAAUCAAGAACAGCCAGUAUUUAACAAAGCUUUCCGCUAUGUACCUAUAUGGAUCAGACCUAGAAUGAGAUUUGGUUUAUUAUUUUUUGGAUUUAGUUUAGCUGCCGGACUCUGGGCUGUUUUCAAAUCUAAUAACAAUUAAAAAUUAAAAUUGCUUCAUUUAUUCCAAUUAUUAUUUGUGCUAUACAUAAGGGACCAAAUAGACUGAUAUCUUAAAAUAUUAUAUUGGUAUAUGUAUAUAUAUAUUUAUUUGUUUUUACUUUUUGAUAUUGGCGCAUUUAAUUACACAUCCUUAUUUAUUUAGUUAACUUUGUUUAAUUCAGCCAAAUAGUUCUAUUGUUUAAUUCAUAAAACUGUAUCAUACUAUUUUUUAGAUGUAAUAUGUGAUUGUGAAUAUUAAUUGUUUUUACAAAUCUAUUACUGAUGACAUUUUUUAAAUUUUAUGAAUCUAAUUAUAAUUGUUUAUUAUUGUUGAAAACUUAUCUUACAUACCUCAUAGCUAGUUUUUGUAUGUGUCAAUAAAAUGUAUUUAUUGUUGAA